CUAGGAAAUACACAGGUACAAAAAGCAGUGUGUAGGUAAGUUAUUCUUAGUUCUCGUGCAUUCUGUGCGAUCACAGACGUGUAUAGGCGGACUGCAGUCUGUCGUCUGCCGAGACCAGUAAUACGUACAAUAAGUUCGUGGUGCGAUAUGUAAUUCAUGCAGGUGUCAAAAAAAAAACUAACCUGCAAAUAAAUGCCAAGAAAUGAGAGAAGUUACAAAUACUGUAUGAAAUGUGUUUUCAAGCGCUAUUUCCGACAAGUAUAUGCGUGCCUGUUUGGAUGUAGCCAGUACACGAUCGUCAGAACAAUUAAUGUCCCAAAGGGGGCGUGGCCCUGCGAGCGACCGCUGCCUAUACUUCAAGCUGAUCAGUGCACUCUAUGUGAUCCUCUUUGAUUUAAUGUCUGUUAAUACCAUCCCCUGAGACGUUAUGAAUAAAGACUUAAUUCCAAUAAAUAAUUACAGUAAACGUAUUAUUUGUAUAGUGCCUUAAUUUUACCAGCAUCAGCCAAACGCGCCAUAUAUACAAUAUAGAAAAUGAGGGACAACAAUUAUAACCAUGCACUGCCACCUGCAUAUGCGGAUUCUAGAAAUGAAAGAUGUCAUACAAUUCGUCAAAAUGAAAAUACGUUCUCGUUUCAGUUGCCACAGUUGAGUUCUUGAUGACUGACACACGUCGUCCUGCAAUCACUGCAGACUUCUAUCAGCAGCUAGACUUCUAUCAUCACUGUUACGUACGGAGUUUGCUUUGUGACGUACACUACGAUCGACCGACAACGUACAUUCUUCAGAUUUACCAUCAGUGAUAGGAAAGUUUUUGUCUUGAAAUAACGCGAGAAUUCAAUUUCUUAAAAUUCUACAGACAAUUCGUGCCAUUACGCAAUCUGGAUAUGUGACCGAAAUUCGACAAGCACAAACUUCGAUCUGUCCGUAGCGACAACAGGAAAAACAGAUUUGGUGACCCGGAUGUGACAUGGCAUCUCGUGACCUCGAUGUGUGUCACUUUCCAGAAGAGCGGCGCAGUGGCCAAGAGGACCGAUGCAGAUAAACAGCAGACAGUUCAAGUUUGCGCGUCAUUUGAGUGUAUGUGUCCGAGAGAGUAGAGGUAUAUUCGCGAACAUGUUGUGGUUAAAGGUCGCUGGCCUGGGAUGCUUGGCAGCCUUUCUACAUGUGUAUGUCGGUCUGGGGUUACUAUGGACACUCAGCGUUGUCUUCGCGACUCAUCUAGCGACGGGAGGAUGGAGGUUCGCUUUAGUUGUCGUGAAAACAUUGCCAAGGGAUUUCAGGGGUCUUCUUGCACUUAUAAAACUAAACCUCAAAGUUCAAAGCCAUCUUCACAAAAAGUCCACUAUUGCCAAGCUGUUCCAGGAACGGGUAAAAAAGCACCCAUCAAAACUUUGCUUCAUCUUUGAGGACCAGACAUGGACAUAUCAGCAGGUAGAAGAGCAUGCCAACAGAGUGGCAAACUACUUCCAUGAUGCUGGGUUCCGAAAAGGCGAUGUGGUUAGUGUUUUCAUGGAGAACUCUCCACAGACCAUCUUCUUCUGGAUGGGGCUGUCAAAGAUUGGAGUGGUGUCUGCACUUAUUAAUUUCAAUCUACGACUGGAAACCUUAGCCCAUAGCAUCAAUGCCGCUGAAUCCAAAGCUCUUAUCUUUGGAGGAGAAAUGUCAGAAGGUAAAGUUGACAUCCUCCAAAGGUUGCCUGUCAAUAUGUCUCUCUUCUGCAGCGGACAGAUGGUCUCCAAUGACCUGAUGCCCACCUUCCUGGACCCACAUUUAGCUCGUGCUUCCAUUCUCCCACCUCCUUCAGUGGAUUUAUCAUUUAAGGACAAGCUGUUUUAUAUCUACACAUCAGGAACAACAGGACUCCCAAAAGCUGCCAUUGUCACUCAUGCCAGGUUUUUCUACAUGUCCUAUGGUGUCAAUCAGUUGUUUCGCAUUUCAAGCCAAGACAUCAUCUACAACACCUUGCCACUUUACCAUACCGCAGGCGGCAUUCUUGGUGUGGGGCAGCUUCUACACAGCGGGGUGACGAUGGUUAUUCGCAGAAAAUUCUCAGCAAGUCAGUUCUGGUUGGACUGUGUCAAGUACAACUGCACAGUAGCACAGUACAUUGGUGAGAUCUGCCGCUACCUGCUGGUGCAGCCAUUCCGCCCAGAAGAGCAGCAACACCGAGUGAGGCUGAUGUUUGGAAACGGCGUCAAGCCACAAAUCUGGAGGCAGUUCCAAGAACGCUUUGGUGUCAGCCUUAUUGGGGAGUUUUAUGGUGCAACAGAAGGAAACUGUAGUGUUGUUAACUUUGAGAACAAAGUUGGGGCAGUGGGCUUCACCACUAGGAUUGCUCCAUUUUUAUAUCCAGUGACUCUGCUGAAAGUGGACCCAGCGAAUGGCGACAUUGUAAGGGACAAACAUGGGCUGUGUGUUCAUGCAAAACCCGGUGAGGUCGGAGAGAUGGCGGGGAAGAUUGUCACAGGCCGUCCUGCGCGCGAGUUUGAUGGCUACGUCCAAAAAAGUGCCACAGAUAGGAAGAUUAUACAUGAUGUGUUCAGGAAGGGAGACAGGGCUUUCCUAACAGGAGAUCUUCUUAUGAUGGAUGAACUUGGCUACUUGUACUUUCAUGAUCGCACCGGAGAUACUUUCCGGUGGCGAGGAGAGAAUGUGUCUACCAGUGAGGUGGAGGCAAUUAUCUCAAACCAUGCUGGACUCAAGGACGCAGUGGUCUAUGGUGUAGAGGUUCCAGGUUCUGAAGGCCGUGCUGGCAUGGCAGCCAUUGCAGAUGAAAAUUUCAACCUAGACCUAAAUGCUUUAACUAUUGCUAUGCAAAAGUCUCUUCCACAAUAUGCUCGCCCAGUCUUCCUUAGACUGAUGACAUCAGUGGACACAACUGGAACCUUCAAACUGAUGAAGACUGACCUGCGCAAGGAGGCUUUUGACCCCAAUAAAAUCCGCGACAGAUUAUACUACUUCAAUGCUGUGGCAGGACGGUACCAACCUCUCACUCCAUCCAUCUAUGCUGGCAUCUGCAAUGGAACUGUACGAAUAUAGCCUGUGAUUUGCUUUUUUGUGUGUGUGUGUGUGAUGUGGCUGAAAAGAAGUGUGGUAAUGCCGCAGAAAGCAUUUUUUUGUUUAAUCAGUCUCUAACCUGGAUGCUUUUGUCAUAUAUAGGCAGUGAGAGAGUGUAAAUGCUUGUGUGGGUAUGAACACACGAGCUACUACGUUUUUCUUGUUUAUUGUAGACAUUGCAGAUUUUUGUAAGUGGCAGCUACUGUUUUGCUUUUGCUGUAUCCCAUACUGUCUCCCCUUGUUUUAAUUUAUCCAUGCUAGAGCAUUCUUAUUUUCGCCAUUAUUUGUUCUGGUGCAAAGGCCAUGACAGCCAUUUGUGUAGUCUAUAACUUCUCAUCACUGUUUUGAACAAAGUGAUAGUUGACUGAGGCUCAAGAAGGUUAAUUUUUUAAAAGAAAAAAAAUCUUUAAACAUCUGAAGAAGUGUCAAAUAAAAAUUACCAACACUUCAAAACAUAAUCUACUUUUGUAAUUCUUACAGCAUUAAAUUUACUUCAUAUGAAUUUUUUUGGUAUAGAAUGUUUUAGUUUAUUGUUCAGUUAGUUUACUGUUCAGAGCAUUAUGCUAAAUGUUUUGCUAUAGCACCUUGAACAUCUUUUUUUUUUUUUACUUAAAAAUUUUUACUUAUGCCAUUUAAGUGUGAUGUAUAGCCAGACAUUUUAAGAAAUGAAUGGCUGCUUUUUGUUGUAAAUCAUGAAAACAAGAAAAAUGCCAUUGUUCAAUCUCAUGUGCAAGUGAAAAAUCAGCUGAGCUCCUCACUCAGGUUGUGCUGAUUUAUUUUUGGGUGGGUGGGUGACGGGUAAAGAGAAUGCUGCCUUUUUUUUUUUUUCAAAAAAGAGGGAUCCAUUUCUAGAUCUGUGGUUUCAAUGAAUGUCUGCAGUCUGUGUUAUGGGUAUAUUUGAGAACUGGAAAUGUUGUUGUGAGUGGUUUUGUACAUAUUUUCUCUUUUCAGAUGAGGUUAAAAUAACGAAAUAGAUGAAUCUAUGUUUGACAUUCCUUCAUUUCCUCACAAUUUUUCCAGACAAAACGUGGCAUGGUUAAGAGAAAAAGUGUAAGUCUGUAGUUCUCAUGCCAGGAGCAGUCCCCAGGCAAAGGCUGACCCCUAGACAUUUGUUAGCUAAACUUUUAAACCUCCCAGCCAGCUGUGGACCAGAUGUCUCCUCAUUUUGGGGGAGUUACUAUGUGAUAAAGGUCGACAGAAAUAACAAUAAAUGUUUAAAUAGCUUUGGAGGUUAGACAAGUAACUGUGGAGUAACUGUGUAACUAUAUCUUGGAGGCAGCUGUAGACCAGACGGUUUUACUUUGGAUUUAGCUGUGGAUGGAAGCAAAGCUGAUCCAUAGGCCUUUGAGUCUGGCAGACAAACUAAAGUUAAAAGCUUCAGUUCAUAGUUCCAGUUCCAGACUGGCCAUUACCAGUGCCAAGGGAUUUCAACUGUGCCAGGACACCUUCAGUUUAUGCACUGCAUGCGCUUCAUGGUCCAGCUUACACCACAAGGCUAGGUUUGUAAGAUCAUGGCCAAAUAAUUCAUUUUUCUACAUGCAUUUGCUUCUCUAAAUUGACUUAAAAUAAGGACAUAGAUGCAUAAUUACGGAAGGUUAAUCUGGGGUAGCAUAAAUAAAAAUUAGCAGAAAUUUGUUCCAUAGUUGUAUAUUACUUAUCUGUGUCUUCCAUUCUAUAAAGCUCUAUUGUCCAUAAGUCCUGAUCAUGACGAAGCAAGCACAUGCUCACACACAAACAACUGGUAACACAGGCCUCCAAAUCCAGAUAGAUUCAAAAUCUGUUCAUACUGUUCAUGUUUACCCCCAUAAUGUUCCAUCACAAAAUAGCAUAUUUAGCAAAAAUUCAGUUCUGUUUGAUGUGAAGACUCUUGCAGUCUGUAAGUUCUGAAUAUAUAUAUAAAAAAAACCUGUAAAAUCAUCAGGUUCCUUUUUUUGUCUAGCUGUACUGGAAUUCUUAAGAUUCAAACUGUAAAAACUGAAUGUAAGUCUACCUGAUGCAAAAUUUGUUUUGUUUUGUUUUUUAAGUUUGAUACCAUUUGAAAAGAUUGUUAUUGUAUAAUUAUCAAUUAUUAGAGAAAUACACUUAAAACUUGUUUUGGGGAUGCAUCCUUCACGCAAAUCUGAAUUUGCAGGAUACAUAUAUAUAUUUAUCAUCUGCAUCAAAGAAAGUUUGUGCUAAAAAUGAAAAAUUUGUUGUUAACCAUAGAUUAAGGCUCUACUCUAUAAACUUUAUACCUUACUGUAAAUUUGAACU